AUGUUGGGGAGCUACUACACCCAGUCCCAUGGUCUGGUGUUCGUGGUCGAUUCCAGCGACGUCAAACGCCUCCAAGACACCAGGGUCGCCAUCACUGACGUCCUACAGCACCCCCACAUCGCUGGCAAGCCUGUCCUACUGCUUGCCAAUAAGCAGGACCUGUCUGGGGCUCUGCGGGAGCUGGAGCUGAUACACCGUCUCUCUCUGGAGAAACUUGUAAGUAAACAUGCCCUUAUGUUGUUCUUGUAGAAGUUGUGCUUAGCUGUGCUUGGCUCAGGGAAGACCCUGGAUAAGUCCAUCAGCGAGGGAGUAGAAUGGCUACUGGACUACAUCUCCCAUGAUUAUAAGGCUAUUAAUGAGCAUGUGCAGAUGGAUACAGCACAUAAGAGGGCCAGAGAGGAGGACAAGAGAAAAAGAGAAGAGAUAGCACGCUUGGAGAAAGAGGACAGACUGAGGGAGCAGAGGAAGGAGAGGAAGGAGAGGAAGGAGAGGCUGGGAGAG